AUGGCGCUUACCAACGAGAAGCGCUGGCCCGCAGGUUUUAGGCCCCUGAACGGAGAUGCAAUGGAGGAGAAAGCGCCUGCGAUGGCUGCGUGGCCCACCAGCCUCGCUGCCAACUUCUCCAGACUGCCACAGGAGCCAGGAGUCAAGAUGAUCGUGACACCUAAAGCCUAUUACGCUACGCAUGAUACCAUGCCUCCACCACACCAAUUGAUCGUGAUGGCGCCUACCCAUAGCGUGAUGAGGGAGCAGUACCAAGCUGCAGACCAGAAAGUUGCAGGCAAGAGGGGGAACGACCAGAGUACCACAAGUCCUCGGCCGCCGAAGCAGUAUCGGCCUUGUCAGUGA